ACGCAGGUUUAAGUUGUGUCAACAUCACCAAGAGGUCCAUUUAGUAUCUGUUCUGGAGUUUUUGAUCUCGUCACACACAUUCAGUUUGAAAGCAGCAUGGACGACGGAGGUCACUGAUCAUGUGAUACAGCUCAAAAGCUCCGGCCAAAGAGGAGACAAGGCCUGUAUGGUGAAGUCAGUUUAGUCAACCUGAUAAGAACUGUGCUUUUAUGUUGAAAGUACAGAACAGGAAACGGUCGUGUUUGUUGGUUUUAACUUGACGGGGGGGAACUGGUUUGAAUUUUUUUCUUUCAGAGGGAAAUUUAGAAGAAAGUCAGAGUUCAGCAGAGAGAUAAACGGCCAGACUGCCGGGUGGUUACAGAGCAGGUAGUUGGUUAGUUAGGUAGGUAGAGAUCUCUGAGUGAUGGAAGCGCCUCUGACCAGCAGGAAGAGACGCCAGGAGGCCCAGCAUCAGCAUCCAGCCUGCAAGAGGAGGUGCAGAGAGGAGGAGGAGGAGGAGGAGGAGAUGAAGGGGAGGAGGAGAACAGCAGGAGGCUGUGAGGAGAACAGGGAUCCAAGAGAAGCUCUUUGGAGGAGAACACCGAACCUGAAGAGAGAGCACAGACGGUUUUCACAGUCUGGAACCAGAACCAGGACCUCAGUCAGGACUGGAUCUGAGUCUGCAGCUGGAUCUGGAUUCAGGUCUGGAAGUGAGAUCCAGUCCUGCAGACCGCAGGUCAGAGUGGCCCAGAUCAGUAAGACCAGGAUCCAGACUUCAGUCCAGACUGUAGAUCUCAGAGGGUCUGAACUGGUUCAGGGUUUGGUCCUCACAGAUCGGACUGAUCCAGGAUCCACUGAGAGCAAUCUGGACUACAGGAGACUGACCCGGAUCAGACAGAAAAGGGCCACAGAGUCCACCUUCGAGAUCAGGUCCAGAGCAGGUCCUGUGAGCACUGCAGAUCUGGUCUCAGAUCAAUCCUUAGAGACCAAGACCCGCCAAAUCAGGUGUGAGAGAUUCCUGGGUGCAGAGUCCAGCAGAGGAGAGGAGGAGGGAGCCAGGAUCGGGUCCAGGUCUGAGAGGAGGCCAACUGGGCCCAGGAGGAGGAGGAAGAUCCACCCGUCUGUGUUCAGAGGGAGAGGUCAGCUACGGCUGUCAGUCAUUCCGGAGGCGGGGCAGCUUGUCAUUCAGAUGAGUUCCAGCUGGUGGUCUGCAGUCUGCUGUGGGAGAGAGGGAGCUGCAGCUCCAGCUGGUGGUCUGCAGUCUGCUGUGGGAGAGAGGGAGCUGCAGCUCCAGCUGGUGGUCUGCAGUCUGCUGUGA